AUGUCCACGUUUAGAAGUAGAAUCUCUACACAUAUCUCCAGCACAAUAGUUGGCCUCUUUGUAACCCUGCUGUGCCUGAAUUCUUUCGUGGAUGCCCAAAGAACACCCACAAUUUCAUAUAUCACACAAGAACAGAUCAAAGAUAUUGGCGGUACUGUAGAAUUUGAUUGUUCUGUACAAUAUGCCACCGAUUAUCCCGUAAUAUGGACCAAAAAUGCUGGUGAUUCGGUAUUCUUAUCGACUGGUUCAACAUUGGUUAUCAAAGAUUCACGAUUUGCUCUGCGCUACGAUCCAAAUUCAUCAACCUAUAAACUGCAGAUAAAAGAUAUUCAAGAGACCGAUGCUGGGCAAUAUACCUGUCAGAUUGUAAUGUCGGUCACACAUAAAGUCAGUGCCAAUGUUAUGCUGUCCGUAAGACGUCCUCCCGUAAUCUCUGAUAAUUCCACGCAAUCAUUGGUGGCCAGCGAGGGCAGUGAAGUGCAAAUGGAAUGUUAUGCCAGCGGUUAUCCCACACCCACCAUCAGUUGGAGACGUGAAAAUAAUGCUAUUUUACCCACAGAUAGUGCAACCUAUGUCGGCAAUGUUUUGAAAAUCAAAUCUGUCAAAAAGGAAGAUCGUGGUACCUAUUAUUGCGUUGCCGAUAACGGUGUCAGUGUUGGUGAUCGUCGUAACAUUAAUUUGGAAGUUGAAUUUGCUCCCGUCAUCACAGUACCCCGUCCCCGUUUGGGUCAAGCUCUACAAUACGAUAUGGAUUUGGAAUGUCACAUUGAAGCUUAUCCACCACCAGCUAUUGUCUGGCUUAAGGAUGACAUUCAAUUGUCCAACAAUCAACAUUAUAGCAUUUCUCACUUCGCCACUGCCGAUGAAUAUACCGAUUCCACAUUGCGUGUCAUCACCAUUGAAAAACGUCAAUAUGGUGAUUAUGUUUGCAAAGCUGUCAACAAAUUGGGCCAAGCUGAGGCUCGUGUAAAUCUUUUCGAAACUGUUAUACCCGUGUGUCCACCAGCUUGUGGUCAGGCCUAUUACGGGGAUGCUGAACGUGUUGCUGCCACCUCAUUGGCCACAUUGGGUGUUGUGUUGGCGUUUUUGUUUACCAGAUAAAUGGAUGGCUUUUUGGGGGGAGACCUUGAGAAA